AGCAGCAUCAGCAUCAGCAGAUCGAGACCCAGACUCCUACACACGUACACACUCACACACGCGCGCGCGCUGGUGCUUGUCUUUCCCUGCUCUGUCUUCGUGUCCCCGUCUUUCUUUUCGCCGAGCCAUGAAACAGAUGCUGUUCGACCUGAUGAGGAUGAGCAGGAUUUGCCGGAUGGUCCUCGCCACAUGUUUGGGAUCUUUUAUCCUGGUCAUCUUUUAUUUCCAAAGUAUGUUCCUGCCAGUAAUGAGACGAAACCCAUUUGCAGCAGAGGGUUGCUGUAGGAAAGGCUCGAGAAAUGCACUGCAGGAGCUUUACAACCCCACAAAGACGGAGUUCUCAAGAGCAGCUCUUCUCCACCAGGCUCGACGAGACCUUGUGGCCCAGAUGUGUCGUGCCCACAGUGCCUCGAGCCGCAGACGACACGUACUGACACCGAGCGACCUUAAACACUUAGUAGUGGAUGAAGAAUAUGAGCUAAUCUACUGCUACGUACCCAAGGUGGCGUGCACUAACUGGAAGCGGGUGAUGAUGGUUAUGAGCGGGCACGGCAAGUACACCGAUCCCAUGGAGAUCCUCCCCAACGAGGCACAUGUGCCCUCCAACCUGAAGACACUCAACCAGUACAACAUUGCUGACAUCAACCACCGCUUGAAGAACUACCUCAAGUUCUUGUUUGUGCGUGAGCCCUUCGAGCGCCUAGUGUCGGCAUACCGUAAUAAGUUCACACUGCGGUACAACAAAUCCUUCCACAAGCGGUACGGCACACGUAUUAUCCGGAGGUACCGCAAGAACGCUACGGCUGAAGCCAUCCAUAGUGGCAGCGAUGUCAAGUUCACGGAAUUCGCGGAAUACCUCGUAGAUCCGGCUACGAAACGCGAGGCACCUCUAAAUGAGCAUUGGCAGACUGUGAACACACUCUGCCACCCCUGCCACAUCCACUAUGACGUGGUAGGCAAGUAUGAGACACUGGAGGAGGAUGCUGACUACGUGCUUAAGCUGGCCGGCGUGCCCAACUCGCUACAUUUUCCAUCCUACGCCAAGUCUACCCGCACCACCGACCAGAUGGCGGCCAUGUUUUUCAAAAACAUCAGCGCACAGCAACAGAGACAACUCUAUCAGCUUUACAAAAUGGACUUCCUGAUGUUUAACUACACCUCUCCAAGUUACCUGAAAGAGCUCUAGGAAGCGUUGGCGCACAAUGCACGCACAUUUUUAAAUGCACACCUGCGCAAACACAUACUUAGAGCUGAUCUUAACUUAAACUGAAGGUUGACAUGCGGAGAAACGAUCAACGAGAUGUACUGUAAUUGGCUUGAUGAAUUGGCGCCAAUGGGAGCAGAGCAAAGAACUCUGAAUUUUGGAGACGUGUGUAACUGUAUAAACAAUGGGGGGGUCAGUCUGCUGUAUUUUAAAGAGGUGUGUUUGAACAGGGAAAGAUUCAUACUGUAUUUGGUUGUGAGUUCAUGUUUGAUGAGUAUUCAGGUAAAUCUGGCAUCUCUGUGUUAAUACACGUGUCCAUCAGAUUGUAAGAUAAAGAUCAUGUUCCUGUUUAUAUUCCACACCAUCAUUAAGCAAUAUGACUUUGAGCCAAAGGCUCAUUUACUGUAACAAGUAAAGAUCUCACCCGCCUACCUUCAACUUCAGACACUUAAUGAACGAAAGACUUCUACGAUGAUCCUGAAACCGCAGUUGACUUGUAUUUCAAAUACAGAUGUGGGCUGGACUUUUCGGCACGCUCAUUCUAAUGUUAUUUAUAGUUUACCCCCCUAACUACAGGCAUCCUCUGUGUGAAGACUCUGUGUGUGUGUGUACAGUAAUUAUAUGAUGCAUAUGUAAAGGAGGACCUUUGUGUUCAUAUACGAGGGUAUGACAAUGACAUCGAGAGGUGCCUUUGUGGUGAGGGUGUAUCCUAUACUGCCCUUGUGAGUCAUUAGCUGUCAUGCAUUGAAAUGUCAGAGGUUGGAAGCAGGUUAUAAUCAUUAAGAGGCACUCUUACUGUAAGACCUAUCAGACAUCUUAAAAAAAAAAUGGAGAAAUUUACUUGUUUUUGUUGUUUUUAUUGACUUAUGAAAGAUAGCUGCGAGCAGCUGAAUUAAACAUUAUUUAAAAGACUGUGUAAAAAGAAGCAAAAGAAAGCAUGAUUUAAUUUUUGACUGGUAGUAUUGAUAUUUUUAAUGUUUUGUUUUCUUCCAUUGCUGUUACAUGGUACAAUGUUGCUGAGCUCUUAACAGAUCUCAUGUUUUCCAAAAGGAAAGUAAAGCCUUUGCUUUCUGAGCCGUUCUCAUAGGAACAAUUUAUUCAGACCGACUAAAAGUCAGAGAGAGAGUCAGAGAGAAAGAGAAAAGAGGGGAUGAGAUGAGAGAAAGUGCUAGACGGUAUCUGUUUCUUGCAUUAAACCCAUGUUUGUUCCAUUUCAAUGUCUUUAACCCAAUUUAAGCGCUUCAAAGGACCACAUGCUUUCAUUUGUAGAAGUGUCUUUUUAUGGCCUUUUUUGUUAUGACUGUGAAUUAGAAGAGUCUGAAAAUGAUGAAAUUGCCUAUUUAUGUGUGUGAAAGCCACAGGCGGGUGUGUCUGUCUCCACCGUCUGUGUCUACACGACUGUACAAAAAUCCUACACUGGUAAAGGUGACUCAGUCUAGCACCAGCUUUCUCUUUCAUCCGGAUGGCCAGACAGAUUAGUGGGCCUGGGUAAAUAAACAGCGCCUGUUAGUGUUUUUUUUCUUCUUCUUUUUCUUAAAGAUAGAGCCCCUGUGGAGCAGGGUCUUAAGAGAACAUGCACAUGUGUGUGCGCACACACACACACACACACACAUACAAAACAAAUAAAUAUCCCUCUAGUGAUAUAUGUAAAAUGUGGCCAAGAGGAAAAAAUAAGAUAAACUGACUAUGUGUUCUGUAUUGCUCUUCAUUUCUCUUUCUCGCUUUUUAACCAAUUCGCAAAUUUUACUGGGAUCAGUUUACAGAAGGGGUACCUUAAUUAAAUUCUUGACCUUAGGAACAUUUAGAAACAAUAAACAAGAUUAUUAACUACACAUUCUAUAGUCCACAGUAUUACUGUAUGUGCAACAGAAAUCUUUUAAAUAAGGAAUAAAACACACGUGUGUUCUCUUGUUGGAAAAUAAUCAAUGAUGGCACAGUGUGUGCAUGACACCAUUCAUUUUAUACCGCAGCACUUUGCCAAUCAUUUAUUUAUAUACAUAUUCAUUUUUUUCCAUUUCUAUUUACAAUAAAUUUUAGAUGCUAAGCAAAAAUGUUAAACAUCUCUUAAGAAAUCUUUUCCCCGCAAUCUGGAAAUAUUGUCAGAGCUGCUGUUUUUGGAAAAUUAAUAAAAUAUAAUUAUUUUGUUUCUAAAUUAAUGUCUCUAAAAAUGUUAAGCAUGUAAGCAUUUGAUGAGCAAAUAGUUAUUAAUAUGGCUAACCAAUAGUCCACAAACACCAAUGUGAGCUAACACAUUCAGUAAUGUGUUUUUUGUGUUUAACGGGUAAAUUUCAUAACUGAGAUUAAACGCUUGGUUGUGAAGUCCUGAGUUUAGUUGAUUAUGAAUAUAACGAUUAUUGUCACCAAAUGACAAAAUCAAUGGUCUAACAUUCUCUACAGAACAAACACAGGACAAACAGAUGCUUCAUUAGAAGAUGCUUCGUUAGAAAAACAACAGUUGAUGAGUGAAAAUGAGUCCAGAACACCCAGCAAGAACUAAAGCUUUUAAUAACGUUUGAUGGUCCAUUGGCAAAAUUUAAGGUGCCAAUAAUUACACCCAGAGACCUGAGCUGAUUUGAUUUUCAUCAUUCAUUAAGUCAUUCGCUCUGAUUUAUUUCAAUCCUUAUUUAUGCGGAGUUAUACUUAAGCACGGAGAGACUCGUUGGAAAUGUUUUUCACACCAAACAUGAAUUAAUGAAUGUGGGAACUUACUUUGCUGUGUUAUUAACAUCACUUUUGUCAAUGCUGAAUAUUUUUAAUGUUAACUGAAGCAGUGAAUAAUGUUAGUUAAGGGAACCUUCAUGUAAAGUGUUACUGUUCACUGUUGAGCAAUAAAUAAAACUGAUGAUUGG